GGGCCGUGGGGAGGUGGGCGGAGGCGCCCGAGCCCCGCCUCCCCCGCGCCGCCCACCCAGUCCGGCUCUGCCCUGGGCCACCUGCGCCCCACCCCUGCCGGCCGCGCCCCAGCCCGGGACCUCUCCCCGCUCCUGCCCCGGAAGCGUGAGCGUCACUUCGCGGCGAGUGGCUCAGUCUCCGAGGACAGAGUGCGCGCCCCCUGGUCCGGCCCGUGAGGGGCUCCCGGAGCGGUCCCCGAGCGUUUCCCGCCGGUGGAGCGGCCCGAGCCCGUCAGGAUGACCAGCCCCGCGGCCGCGCAGAGCCGGGAGAUCGACUGCCUGAGCCCGGAAGCGCAGAGGCUGGCAGAGGCCCGGCUUGCCGCAAAACGGGCAGCACGUGCGGAGGCUCGCGAGAUCCGCAUGAAGGAGCUGGAGCGGCAGCAGAAGGAGAUCUAUCAGGUCCAAAAGAAAUAUUAUGGGCUGGAUUCAAAAUGGGGUGACAUCGAGCAGUGGAUGGAAGACAGUGAGCGCUACUCUCGUAGAUCCAGAAGAAACACAUCGGCUUCUGAUGAAGAUGAGCGCAUGUCAGUGGGUAGUCGUGGAAGCCUGAGGUCGCAGCCUGACUUGGAGUAUGGGGGUCCCUACACCUGGACAAAUGGUUAUGAUGGAGAGUUACAUGGAUCACAGUCCCUGAACAGAAGAGCUGGCAGGAGUUCCAGCUACGGCGGUGACAGCAGAUUCUCCACGUUGUCGUCAUCCAGGGAGGGGAAGCUGGGACUCUCCAGCUCCAACCUUGGCCUUCCCGGUGGUGGCCUGGCUCACACGCCUCUGUCUGCCACAAAUGGAAACUGGCCCUCCUGUCUGUACAGCGCUGCCCGGCCUUCUGGGAGUUACUGGGCGUCUGUGUUGGAUGAAGGCAGCCUCGGUGGGGCUCGAGGGGGCAGCGCCUGCGGCUCCCGUGCUCCCUCGGAGUACAGCGGCCACCUCAACUCUAGCUCCCGCGCCUCCUCCAGGGCCAGCUCGGCCCGGGCCAGCCCUGUGGUAGAAGAGAGACCAGAAAAAGAUUUUACUGAGAAGGGGUUGCGUAACAUGCCAGGCCUGUCUGCAGCCACGCUGGCCUCUCUGGGUGGGACUUCCUCCCGGAGGGGCAGUGGAGACACCUCCAUCUCCAUCGACACCGAGGCAUCCAUCAGGGAAAUCAAGGAACUCAGUGAGUUAAAGGACCAGAUUCAGGAUGUAGAAGGCAAAUACAUGCAGGGACUGAAAGAAAUGAAGGACUCUCUGGCAGAAGUUGAAGAGAAAUAUAAGAAGGCUAUGGUUUCCAAUGCCCAGCUAGACAAUGAAAAGACAAACUUCAUGUACCAGGUCGAUACCUUGAAAGAUAUGUUGCUGGAGCUUGAAGAACAGCUGGCUGAAUCUAGGCGGCAGUACGAAGAGAAAAGCAAAGAAUUUGAAAGGGAAAAACACGCCCAUAGCAUACUGCAGUUUCAGUUUGCCGAAGUCAAGGAGGCCCUGAAGCAAAGAGAGGAAAUGCUUGAGGAAAUCCGACAGCUACAGCAGAAACAGGCGAGUUCUAUCAGGGAGAUUUCUGAUCUUCAGGAAACAAUAGAGUGGAAAGACAAAAAGAUAGGGGCGUUAGAGAGGCAGAAAGAGUUCUUUGACUCCGUAAGGAGUGAACGGGACGAUCUCAGAGAAGAAGUAGUCAUGCUCAAAGUGGAAUUAAAGAAACAUGGAAUAAUCCUAAAUUCAGAAAUAGCUACCAAUGGAGAGACUUCCGACACUCUAAAUAAUGUUGGAUACCAGGGUCCCACCGGGAUGACAAAAGAAGAGUUGAAUGCCCUCAAGUCGACAGGGGAUGGGGCUCUAGGCAGAGCCAGUGAAGUGGAGGUGAAAAAUGAAAUCGUGGCGAAUGUGGGGAAAAGAGAAAUCUUGCACAGUACUGAGAAAGAGCAACACACAGAGGACACAGUGAAGGACUGUGUGGACAUAGAGGUAUUCCAUGCUGCUGAGAAUACCAAGGACCAGAAAUCCUCUGAAGACACUGCCCCAUCCCUAGGAACCUUAGCGGGUGCUGCCUAUGAGAAACAGGUUCAAAGCCAAAUUCUAGAGAGCACUUCUCUCCCUGAAAACACAGCACAGGUUGAGUCAAACGAGGUCGUGGGUGCACCAGAUGACAGGACCAGAACUCCCCUUGAGCCACCCAACUGUUGGAGUGACUUAGCGGCUGGGAGCCAUGCAGAGAAUGUGGGAGAGGCAGCGGUGACUCAGGUUGGAGAGCAGGCAGGCACAGUGGCCUCACGUCCUUCAGGGCAUAGCGAUGACACUGUUUAUCGUGAUGAAAAAUGUGUGGUAGAGGUCCCCCAAGAUUUAGAGGCAAGCACAGGGAAUAGUCUAGAGAAAGAACUCACCAGCCAGGAAGCAGCUGAGCCCACAGAGGUCCCAAUUCAGAGUACAGAAGAAGAGGGUGAAGAAACAGGAUGGAGGGAUGAGAAACCAACCAAGACAGAAGGUCCUGGUUCUCCAGCAGGACCCAAGAGCAAUGAUGAGGAAGCGACAGGCCCCAGUGCAGUCGAUGUUCAAAGCGAACCCUUAGAUAUGAAAGACCCUGGUGAAGAAAAGAAUGGCCAACAGGGAGAGGCACUGGACUCAUCACAGAAGAAGACAAAGAACAAGAAAAAGAAAAACAAGAAGAAAAAGUCCCCAGUACCCGUAGAAACCCUUAAAGAUGUUAAAGAGUUAACUUACCAGAACACAGAGUUAAGCGAGAUGAAGGCAGAAGAGCAGGUAAAAUCUCCUGACGGAAGGUCAGUAGCGGAAGCCCAAAACGAGGUGACUGAAAAUCCAAAACAGAAAAUUGCAGCAGAAAGCAGUGAAACUGUGGGGAAUCCUAGAAUGAGGUUGGAUGGGAAACUUGGCCAAGAAGGUGAUGAUGGCAAAGCAGCAGCUGGGGAGGUCCCGGCUGACGGAGACACGUUCGAUUUCGAGGAUGGCACAGUCCACUCAGCAGGCACGAGGGCUAGUGGUGAAGAAUUAGAUGAAGAUGUUGCAAAAGAUAACGCUGAAAUAGAUGGUGCCACUCAGAGCAGCCCUGCAGAACCAGAGGGCGAAGACGCAGGUCGCUGCACCCUGCCCAAAAAUGCAAGUCCCUCACAGGACAUGAGUGACGCCCGUGAAGCAGAAAGUACAGAGAGGUAUGUGAUGCCGGAACAUCGAAGCCGGACCGUCAGGAGAGCUUUAGACAGCGGCAGUCUAGACGAUGAUGACUUGUCGGCACCAGGAGGAGAGCUGGGGGACUUCAACCCGGAAAGCAGAGAAGGCACCGCAGGAGGAAACGAGAAGGGCAAAAGCAAAGAAGACUGCACCAUGUCCUGAGCUGAGGCAGGCGGCAGGCGUGGUGCACGGGAAGACUGACUGUGAGGGGCUCUUUUACCUCCACGGGCAAUGUAAGUAGAACGUUCUAAAUUCAUAGAGAUGCACUGUAUGACAAUCACCAGGUGAUCUACUUGUAGAUUUCCAUGUAAUCAUUGAGGUUAUAACCAUAUUAGAAAGACACAUGUGUUUUCCAUGUACGUUUUAACUGAGAGCAUUCCGGUAGUAUCAAACAAUAAUGUCUACUGUUUAUAGUACAGAUAAUAAAAAUAGAGGCAGUUCACCUCUGCCUUAAGCUGAUCGGAAUGUGGACAUUCUUGACCAAGUACAUCAGCAUCUAAUUGAAAUGACCAAAUAGCAUUCUUACACUUCUGUAUUAUGAAUAUAAGCGAUAUUUAACUGAAUGUCUUGUUCACAUACAUGUACUUUCAUAUUUGAUUUUAAAUGUGCAUGACUACCUGUAUGGUAUUUUACUUAAAGGAGAUAAACAGCCAAAUAGCAAAGAGGACACUGAAUGAUAGACUUGCACCUGAGAGCAAUAAUGAUUUUAAGGGUAACAAGUAAAUGUCUGAAAGCACUAGGGGUUACCUGCCUUUAUCUCAUGUGAGUCUUUCAUCUUGAACCAAUGCUUUUGGAUCUCGUUGUUGAUGAUACCUGAGUUUACCUUGUAGGACAUUUUACCUUCACUUCAUGCUGAUGAUAUAUCAAAUUCAUUUUUAUGAAGAUUUAUUUUUAAGUUUUUUCUGGAAGUGAAAUAGGUCAAAAUUACAUUUCCUACCCCAGUAUUUGAGGAGGGACAGUCAUUGUUAAAAUGUUUUCAGCUGGGCGCGGUGGCUCAUGCCUGUAAUCCCAGCACUUUGGGAGGCCGAGGGGGGGUGGAUCGCCUGAGGUCAGGAGUUCAAGACCAGCCUGAGCAAGGUGGUGAAACCAUGUCUCUACUAAAAAUACAAAAAAUUAGCUGGAUUUGGUGGCAGGUGCCUGUAAUCCCAAAUACUAGGGAGGCUGAGGUGGGAGAGCCAGGAUUGCACCAUUGCAAUCUAGCCUGGACAACAAGAGCAAAACUCCAUCUUAAAAAAAAACAAAAACUAUAUUUUCAUGCCUGUAACCCCAGCACAUUGGGAGGCCAAGGUCGGAGGAUCACUUGAGGCCAGGAGUUCAAGGCUGCAGUGAGCUAUGAUUGCACCACUGCACUCCAACCUGGGACACAGAAUGAGACCCUGUCUCUAAAAAAAACAGUUUUGACCCUUAAAGUUAUUUCUCUUUCUGUUUGAAUUUCUAAUCAUCAUUCAAAAGAGCAGUAAAAAAGGUUUCUUGUUCUUGUGCAAACUACUAAUUAGACUAUAAGAGGAUAUGUUAAAGAGCUGAAUCAUUUUUGGUAUUUUGGUAUAAAUAUUUUCAUUUGUUAUUUCUCAGUAUAUUCUUAUUGGAAAGUUCCUGUUUUGGUCUGCCUAAAGAAAAUAUCUAUUUUCUAUAUAAAGAAGCAUUUAAAAAAAUAAGUGUAAAGUUAUUUUUUAAAUUGUAAAAUAUAAAAUCACAAAGGAAUGUACGUUAUGAACGUUGUUGACACUUUUCAUAUUACUGUUACAAGAUAGAAUUGAAUGCAAAAAGACCAAAACCUCAAUACAAUUUGAGGAAAAUGUGUUAUUAGGUAAUUGAAAUAAAAGCAUUUGAUAAUUGUACAA